AUGGCACUAUUGAUUCUAUUGAUCACCUGCUUUGUGAUUAUUCUUGCUUCUUCCCAGCCUUGCCAGACCCCUGAUGAUUUUGUGGCUGACAUUUCUCCAGGACAUAUCAUGAUUGGAGGUUUGUUUGAUAUUCAUGAAAAAAUGCUGCCCUCUGAAGACUACCCUAGACGACCAGAAUUUCAGAAAUGUGUUGGCUUCGAAAUAUCAAUUUUUCUUCAAACACUUGCCAUGAUACACAGCAUUGAAAUGAUUAAUAAUUCAACACUGUUAUCUGGAGUGAAACUAGGGUAUGAAAUCUAUGACACUUGUACUGAAGUCACCAUGGCAAUGGCAGCUGCUCUGAGGUUUCUUUCUAAGUUCAACUGCUCAAGAGAAAUUGUGGAGCUUACGUGUGACUAUUCCAACUACAUGCCAAGAGUUAAGGCUGUCAUAGGUGCUGGCUACUCAGAAAUAACCAUAGCUGUCUCCAGAAUGUUGAAUUUACAGCUCAUGCCACAGGUGAGUUUUGAAUCAACUGCAGAAAUCUUAAGUGACAAAAUUCGAUUUCCUUCAUUUUUACGGACUGUACCCAGUGACUUCUAUCAAACUAAAGCAAUGGUUCAUCUGAUUCAAAAAUCUGGAUGGAAUUGGGUUGGCAUCAUAACCACAGAUGAUGACUAUGGACGACUGGCUCUCAAUACUUUUGCCAUUCAGACCACAGCAAAUAACGUGUGCAUAGCAUUCAAAGAAGUUCUCCCAGCCUUCCUUUCGGAUGAUACCAUUGAUGUCAGGAUCAGUCAAACUCUCAACAAAAUCAUGGCAGAAGCCCAAGUCAAUGUCAUUGUGGUAUUUCUGAGGCAAUUUCAUGUUUUCAAGCUCUUCAGUAAAGCCAUUGAAAGGAAUAUAAAUAAGACCUGGAUUGCUAGUGAUAAUUGGUCAACUGCCACCAAGAUUAGCACCAUUCCUAACAUUAAAAGGAUUGGCAAAGUUGUGGGGUUUACUUUUAGAAGAGGGAAUAUGUCCUCUUUCCAUUCCUUUCUUCAAAAUUUGCACGUUCCCAGGGAUAAUAACAAGCCCUUAAUAGAAUAUGCUGUGCUCUUGUCUGCUUGUGCGUACGUCAAGGACAGUGAUUUCAGUCAAUGCAUUUCCAACCAUUCUCAAGGGACUUUGGCCUACAAGGACAACAAGGAUAUUGAAAGGAACUUCUCCCUGAGAAAUGACUUCCUGUGGGAUUACACUGAGCCGGGACUUGUUCACAGUAUUCAGCUUGCAGUGUUUGCCCUCGGUCAUGCUAUUCGGGAUCUAUGCCAAGCUCGCAACUGUCAGAACCCCAAUGCCUUUCAACCAUGGGAGUUACUUGAUGUGUUGAAAAAUGUGACAUUCACUGAUGAAGGGAACUCAUUUCAUUUUGAUGCCCAUGAGGAUAUGAAUACUGGAUAUGAUGUGCUCGGGAAGGAGAUCAAUGGCCACAUGACUAUCACCGAGAUGGCACAAUACGAUCUGAAGAAUGAUGUCUUCAUCAUCACAGACCAAGAAACAAAAAAUGAGUUCAGGAAUCUUAAGCGAAUUCAGUCUAAAUGUUCCAAAGAAUGCAGUCCUGGGCAAAUGAAAAAGACAACAAGAAGUCAACACAUCUGCUGCUAUGAAUGUGUGAACUGUCCUGAAAAUUACUACACCAAUCAGACAGAUAUGGAUCAUUGCCUUGCAUGCAACAAUGAAACUCAUUGGGCCCCUGAAAAGAGUACAAUGUGCUUUGAAAAGGAAGUAGAAUAUCUCAACUGGAAUGAUUCCUUGGCCAUCCUACUCUUGGCCCUCUCCCUCUUGGGAAUCAUGUUUGUUCUGGCCAUUGGCAUAAUAUUUACAAGAAACCUGAACACACCCGUGGUGAAAUCAUGCGGGGGACUGAUGGUUUGCUAUGUGAUGCUCUUCUGUCAUUUCCUCAACUUUGCCAGCACAGGGUUUUUUGUUGGAGAACCCCAAGACUUCACAUGUAAAACGAGGCAGACACUAUUUGGUGUGAGCUUUACCCUCUGCAUUUCCUGCAUUUUGAUGAAGUCCCUGAAAAUUUUGCUGGCUUUCAGCUUUGACCCAAAGUUGCAGAAUUUCCUGAAGUGCCUUUAUAAACCGGUCCCCAUUGUCUUCACUUGCACGGGUAUCCAGGUUGUCAUUUGCACACUAUGGUUAAUUUUUGCAGGACCUGCUGUUGAGGAGAAUAUCUCCUUGCCCAGAAUCAUUAUCCUGGAAUGUGAGGAGGGAUCCAUCCUGGCAUUUGGCACCAUGCUGUGCUAUAUUGCCAUCCUGGCCUUCAUUUGCUUCAUAUUUGCCUUCAAAGGCAGAAAACUCCCUGAGAAUUACAAUGAAGCCAAAUUCAUAACAUUUGGCAUGCUCAUUUACUUCAUAGCCUGGAUCACAUUCAUCCCUGUCUAUGCUACCACUUUUGGCAAAUAUUUGCCAGCUAUGGAGAUUAUUGUUAUUUUAAUAUCUAACUAUGGCAUCUUGUGUUGCACAUUCUUCCCCAAAUGCUAUGUUAUUCUUUGUAAGCAAGAAACUAACACAAAAUCUGCAUUUCUCCAGAUGAUUUACAGUUACUCUUCCCACAGUGCAGGCAGUCUUGUCAUGAGUCAUGCUUCAUUGGACUCCACCAGCAGCAAUAUCACGACCACCCAUCUCAGCUCCAGCAGUGAGUUCGCAGACUGGCAGAAAAGCAGGGUGCUUCAGGCACAAGCAUUUGCACUCACACACAGAGAAAAUGCUGCAAGUGUAUCUAGAUCUUGGCCUCGAAAAAGAAUUUCAAGUAUAUGAACGAGUCUUUAAGAGAUGGAGUUCCAAACUAAAAUAUUUCUAAGGUCAUUGC